CUUUUGGGGACAUCGAGUUGCUUCACGGGUGUCUGUCUUCCCAACAUUCUUGUGGGUUGGUUCUGUUGUUGCGCUCGUCGGCUUCAAACCGCCUGCUCAGUGCCAUUCUUGGUUCUGUGUCGCGUCACUUCCGACGGGCUCGUGCAGCCGAGGACGACCACAAGAGUGCUGGGAAGAAGGUGAAGCAACCUGAAGGACAGCCAUCACCACCAUCUCAACUCGUUUCACUUCAAGCUCGCACGUGAGUGCGCGUGUCUCGCUGGCGAAUAUCCGAGGGGAGAUGGUUGGUAGGCGCUUCUUCAGCCUGGUGGUGUUGUUUCUGGAAAUACGCGCCCGUUUGUUUGGAAGCAUCACCACCAGCCGAUGUCCUCGCUCCGCCAUCUGCACAUCUCGCCUGAAACGUCUCAAUCAUGUUGCGAUUUCAGGAAGAGGUCUAUGCAAGAUGUCGCUGGAGCCUCUGCGGCGUGGAGUGGAGGUCGACAGGAAUAGCGAUAAAUUCCUGUCAACUUCUGCGCCAUGCCUGCCCCGUCAGCCCUUGCGGCUGGCCCUCCUCCGUCCAUGCCUGCCGGCAGCCAUGAGAUACAAGACUACUACUCCAACCAAGACCCACCUCGGUCGUUGUCACAUACUGCACCAUCCAUCACACCCUACCUUGGCCUCCGGGCUCGUUUAUCACAGAUAUGGCUCAAUCGAUGGACCAUUCUACUCCUACUUGUCCUUGCUCGUACCCUCAUCGCAAUAUCUGGCCUUGACAACAAUCUCGGCUCAGCACGACGUGAGGCUCUCUCCGCAUGUUCAGACGUCGAAUCGAUGGGUUCCACCAUGGCAUCUAUGCCUCAUUACAUGUCCCAAGGGCUGAAUGAGAUGGCUGCUACUGGCGUUGAGAAGUCGGUCGAUGGUCUGAUGCAAAUGACAACUUUGAGUGUCACAGCGGUGGAAGAAAUUGUGGUGUUUGUGAUCGGAAUGAUGACCAACACCUAUCUUUGCCUUAUCACUCUAGCAGUCAGCGGAAGUCUGCACACAGUCGUCGGAACCCUUCAAUCUGCGCAAAAGAGCCUCAACAGUCUGACCAAAAACCUUGGGGACGACAUGUCAGGUGCGGUGGGAGAUUUUGAGUCCGCAUACAACAAAUUCUUGGACGCCCUGAGCGGUUUUACGGCCUUUGGAGUAUCAGUUCCGACACCUCCGCCUUUGAACUUGACAAAACAGGUGACUACUCUCGAAGGCCUCAAAUUGCCAGGAAAUCUUACCGCCGAUCUACAAAAACUCAACAAUUCUAUCCCGACCUUCGACGAAGUCAAAAAUUUCACCGAAGGCAUCAUCCGGCUUCCCUUUGAUGAAGUCAAGCAGCUGAUCAAUGAGUCACUGGGAACCUACACAUUCAACCGAUCGUUGUUUCCAAUUCCACAGAAAGAACAGCUUACUUUCUGCAGCGACAACGACGGGAUCAACGACUUUUUUGACGGCCUGGUCGACCUGAUCGCGCUCGCCAAGAAAAUCGCCAUUGGAGUGCUUCUCGUACUUGCCAUAUUGGCAAUGAUCCCGAUGGCAUGGCGCGAAAUCAGACGCUGGCGCCUCAUGCAAGAACGCAGUCAACUGGUCAAGUCGAACGACCGCGAUCCUAUGGACGUCGUGUAUAUUGUCAGCAGACCAUACACUUCCUCCGCAGGACUCAAACUCUCACAUCGAUUUGAAUCGCAGAGAAAGAAGAGUCUGGUUCGUUGGGUCGUCGCUUAUGCCACUACUGAUGCCGCUUUGUUCGUUCUUACCCUAGCUUUGACUGGCUUUUUUGCCUGUGCUUGUCAAGCCAUUCUUCUCCGUUCGAUGGAGAAGGAAGUCCCGAACCUAACAAAUCAAGUCAGCUCAUUUUCCGACAAAGUUGUUGCGCAACUCAACAACGCAUCUGAGCAAUGGGCCAUCGGUACAAAUGCGGCCAUUGCGUCAGCAAGCGACGACAUCAACAAGGACAUGCUGGGGUGGGUCAAUACCACCACGACUGCAGUCAAUGAUACUCUCAAUGCAUUCGUGGACAAGACCACAGAUGUACUCAAUACCACAUUUGGAGGCACACCCCUGUAUGAUCCUAUCAUGGAAGUCCUGAACUGCCUUCUUCUCCUGAAGAUUGCCGGCAUUCAGAAGGGCUUGACCUGGGUUCACGAAAAUGCACACGUUGACUUCCCGACUCUUUCGAACGAUACUUUCAGCUUGGGUGCCGUUGCCAGUCUUGCAUCGACAAGCAAUCCGGACGAUUCUUUCCUAGCAAGUCCUGGAGAUGCCGCGAGCAACAAGAUCUCAAGCGCCGUUGCAAGAGUCGUUAAUGAAGUCGAGGACGGCAUCCGCACCGAGGCCCUCAUCUCGACUGUCCUCUUGCUCGUCUGGCUGGGCAUUGUGUUGAUCGGCAUCAUUCGAGCCUUAACGCAUUGGGCCGGGCGGGACAAAGUCAGAGGCGACGGUGGUCCUCCUGCGCCAAACAUGGAUUUUCGAUCUGACAAUCAAGAUCGGUAUGCUGGAUUUGUAGACGUCCCAUUGGCCGAUGUCAACUCUCGGAGGCCAAUGUCGCCUGCACCAGAGUAUACCCCUUCCAAAGAGAUCGAAGUCGCGCCGGAAGACCACCAGGACGCAAAGCUAGGGUAUUCAGGUCGUCGAGCAUACGAACCCACCCAGAUGACAAGAAUUGACAGCAAACGGGGAAGUAUUUGGACCGGGGAUUGAGAAAACCAUAUUGUUGAAUUUUGAACGCAUUUUGGAACGAAAAGAAUGCCAACUUCCAAGGUUUAUUGCAAAGGCUCUUGCCGAAGCGCAAACAACUCAUACAUAUUACGAGCUGAGCAACACAAAAGCUUAGGAUUGCCAUGAAGCGGAAAGCCAUGGAACAUUUGUGGAGAUAAUGGAAUUCCGAUUGAGAACAUGAAAAGUGAUGGACGAAGCCAAUGGGUGGCAUUGUGUUUUGCGCGUGUGAUGUUGUAUGUUGACAUGCUUUGUGGAGGAUGCUUUGUGCGGUGAUCAUCGGUCGGGACCAAUUGUCUAACAAACAGCAAUCCGGCCUUUGUUCUUACCACGGCAAACCAAUCUUCGCGCCAACGACCGAGGGACCAGAGUUCCUUCCCUGCCCCUCCUCCGGUGGCGCAGCCAGUCUUUCUUCCUCUGGUGGGAAGACUCUGCCAUUUCUCCGCCAACCUUUCGAUAGCCCUCGAUCCCAACAGUGGCUGUCGCGCCUCUUGACUUGCAAGAGGUGUAAAGCAAGAGUUGGCGUUUCGAGUUCUGGCACUGUGCCAAAUUAUCGCAACCGGAGUUGCGUGAUGGAGUGGAAUCAUAAAUCUUACCGAUCAUAUACCCCUGUCUUUCGACAUGGUGGUAUCUCGAGGAUGAAGCAGGUCUUGUUUUUUUAUUUCGUUUGGAACCAGUUGGUUUGAGCCCCCUUCGUCCUGUUUGGGACGAUGUGUGCAGGCUCUCCAACCCAAACAUCUCUCUGUUGUUGAGCUAUGGUCUUGAGGGAUAUCUCAUGGAAGCCGUUGAUGUGCGCACGGAUGUUGAGGCCCUCAUUCAUCGUUGUUGCCGGAUCUUCAGAACCAUCUGCUUGGAAAUCUUGGUUUCAGCUGGAGUCGUUGUCUCUUCACUGAUCUUCGGAGAAAGUCGAAAGUGAUGAUUGCGGUGGGUGGGUGGUUCUGGAGAACACUGACUUCAACAAGAAUGAGUCCGCCUUCGGAGAGGAUUUGGUGGUUUGUUUCCGAUGAGUUUGGCUUUCCCUGCCAAUUGUCGAUUUGUUCUCAACGCAUGUCUUACGAACAGAUCAGAAGUCGGACUUUUCUGAGACAGCUCGCCAAGGUCCUCUUUGGAGAAGGUCCUUUUUCUACAUGAUCCUGGUGACCUGAGGCUUAGCAUGCAGGCCUCAGGUUUGCCGGUAUGCAGGAUCAUGUGGAUUAGUGGACGGACUUGUGUAGCUUUGCUCCGAGUCAACCCUUUAUUAAACAAAAGCCGUGGGCUGAAUCGUUGGUACUGCAAGCUUGAGUAUUCAUUUGAUUUAUCCGUCCUGUCUGGGUACCGAAAGGCAGGACGCCUGGAAAUUGUACAGAUAGAUGAUUACUCAGGCAGACUACAGAAUCAAGAUUUGGCCUG